CCAUUACCCCCUUUCGAAAUGCCAUCGUUCUUUACAUUAUUCCGUCUCCGGAGUAACUCUUCCGACAGUACCGAAGAGCUCAUUGACGAAGGUCCCAUUUCGAACACAACCGAGUGCUACGCCUGCACCCAAGUAGGCGUCCCCGCCUUCCACUCCUCAAGCUGUGAUCGCGCUAAUCAACCCGAAUGGGAAGCCUCCGCAGGCUCUUCUCUCAUCCCCAUCCGUGACCGCCCCGGCUCCAAAACAGUAUCCAACUGUUCAUCCAACGACCGCCCAAAGUUUUCCUCAUCAGGGUUCCUUAACCGCAUUUACGACCCUCGCAGCAAACAAGUCCAAAGAUGGAACAAAUUCUUCUUGUUCACCCGCGGAAUGGCUUUGGUUGUCGACCCGCUUUUCGUCCACACGCUGUCAAUCCGCAGUGGCAGCGCCCCAUGCCUUUACAUGGACGGGUCGCUAGCCGCAGUGUUGGCUGUCCUCCGGACGUUGGUCGACGCCAUUCAUCUUGUUUACAUGUUGGUGCAGUUCAGGAUGGCUUAUGUGUCACGGGAGUCACUUGUGGUUGGACGUGGGAAGCUUGUAUGGGACCCAUGGUCUAUCGGUUUGCACUAUGUCGGCUCACUCAAAGGGUUCUGGUUCGACGCCUUCGUCAUACUUCCGGUCCCUCAGGUUGUAUUCUGGUUAAUAGUGCCUAGAUUAAUACGAGAAGAGCGAGUCCAGGCAAUAAUGAGUAUCCUCUUGGUCAUUUUCACCUUCCAAUUCAUACCCAAAGUCUACCACUCAAUGUCGCUAAUAAGAAGGAUGGCGAAAGUCACUGGUUACAUCUUUGGCACUAUUUCGUUGGGUUUCACCCUUAAUAUCAUCGCCUACCUCAUCGCUUCUCAUGUUGUGGGUGGAUGUUGGUAUGCUUUGGCGAUACAAAGGGUGGUUUUGUGCCUACGGAAACAAUGCAAUGAGAAAAACGCAUGUUAUCUAGCUUUGUCGUGUGCCAGUGACGUUUGCUACGAGUUUUUAUUACACGAGGGAACAUUUGGUGACCGUUGUGCUGGAAACUCAACCACUAAUUUCGAUAGAACGUUGUGUUUAGAUAUGGAUGGUUCUUACAACUUUGGCAUUUACGGAAUGGCACUUCCUGUUGUUUCUAGCAACGCACGCACAUUCAAGAUUCUAUACACCAUUGCAUGGGGUCUAUUUAGCCUUGGUACAUUUGGAAACGAUCUUGAGCCAACAACUAAUUUGUUUGAAGUGAUGUUUAGUAUUUGUGUGGUGCUAAGUGGGUUGCUACUCUUCAUUUUAUUAAUCGGUAAUAUUCAGGUGUUCUUGGAAGAUGCUAUGCAAGAAAAAAGCAAAAUGGAACUAGAACGUCGCGAUAUGGAAUGGUGGAUGAGGAGAAGACAACUACCAUCACAUCUAAAACAAAGAGUUCGUCUUUAUGAACGCCAAAAUUGGGCAUUGAUGGGAGGUGAAGAUGAGAUGGAACUCAUUAAAGACUUACCUGAAGGCCUUAGACGCGAUAUCAAGCGUUUUCUAUGUCUUGAGCUCAUACGCAUGGUACCUCUGUUCCACAAUUUAGACGACUUAAUACUCGACAACAUAUGUGACCGUGUUAAACCGCUAUUAUUUAUAAAAAAUGAAAAGAUAAUACGCGAAGGCGACCUGGUUCAACAAAUGGUGUUUAUAGUUCAAGGACGCAUUAAAACUAGCCAAAACUUAAGUAAAGGAGUUGUUGCAACAAGUACACUCGGUCCAGGAGGCUACAUAGGUGAUGAGCUUUUAUCAUGGUGCCUAAGGAAGCCAUUUAUAAACAGGGUUCCGACAUGUUCUGCAACAUUUACAUGUAUAGAGCCCACAGAGGCAUUUGGGCUUGAUGCUAAUCAUCUCCGUUAUGUGACUGAUCAUUUUCGCUACAAAUUUGUGGAUGAGAGGUUGAAGCGAACUAUUAGAUAUUACUCAUCGAAUUGGAGGACUUGGGCAGCAGUGAAUAUACAACUAGCUUGGAGACGGUACGUGGUGAGAACAAGGCGGGCGGUGAAUCGUGUGUCUGAGGAGGAUGGUGGUAGUAACCGUAUGCUUCGGCAGUAUGCUACGAUUUUCAUGUCAUUUAGACCCCAUGAUCAUCUUGAGACUUGAGUAGAGUCGGUUUAUUAUUCUUUGAAUUUGUAUCA